AACACCUGAGACCUCCCUGCAGCCACCCUACAGUCCUCAUCAUGAGCCUGCUUGCACCCGUCAGGAGGGACCGGGUCAUUGCUGAGCUGCCCCCAUGUUUUACCAAAGAGGCAGCCCUGCAUUCCAGAACCUCCUUUCACCCCAAAGUGGUUGGGAUGUGUCAGGCCCAGCGCACCGGCACUGUGGGCAGGUUUAAAAUAUCUAAGAUCAUCGUGGUGGGAGACCUCUCGGUGGGCAAGACCUGUUUGAUCAACAGAUUUUGUAAAGACUCCUUCGACAAAAACUACAAGGCCACCAUUGGAGUGGACUUUGAGAUGGAGCGCUUCGAGGUCUUGGGGGUCCCGUUCAGUCUGCAGCUGUGGGAUACCGCUGGCCAGGAGCGCUUCAAGUGCAUUGCAUCCACCUACUACCGAGGAGCACAAGCCAUCAUUCUUGUAUUUGAUGUGAAUGAUGUGACAACACUGGACCACACCAGGCAGUGGCUGGUAGAUGCCCUGAAAGAGAACGAUCCUUCCAGCGUCAUCCUCUUCUUAGUGGGCACCAAGAAGGAUCUCAGUUCGCCUGCACAGUACAGCCUCAUUGAGAAGGAUGCCCUCAAGGUAGCUAAAGAGAUGCAGGCAGAAUACUGGGCUGUUUCAUCACUCACAGGUGAGAAUGUGCGGGAAUUCUUCUUUCGGGUGGCAGCGCAGACCUUUGAGGGCAGCGUGCUGGCCGAGCUGGAGAAGAGCAGCGCUCGCCGGAUCGGCGACAUUGUGCGGAUCACUAGCGAUGAACGGGACUUGUACCUGACUGAGAAGAGACGGCGUGCCAAAUGCUGCCAGUGAUGGGACCCACCUGGACCCUUGUCUGCCUCGUCUUC